AUGCAGCGCGCACCGCCGCCGGUGACAUCCCGCGCCGUCUGGUAUUGUCCGGAUCCACCACAGGUCAAACUAGGCACGGGGUUGGGACAGCAACAUCUGUCUGGCGUGCACACUUCGCCGUCAUCAUGCAGGUUGAUGAAGGAUGAUGUUUGGCGCUAUAUUUAUCUUUAUGACAUUUUACAUCUCAAGGGAAACAAUGCAAAGAGGCCGCAUCAAUUUAUCGAGUCUAUAGAUGAAUGA